AUGUCAAUCACCACAUAUGAUCCAGAAGUUCUAUGGAUUGUCAUUGUUGGAUUCAUCACAUCAUUCGUUCUUGCUUUUGGAAUCGGUGCUAAUGAUGUUGCAAACUCGUUUGCAACAAGUAUUGGAGCUGGAGUUUUAACGUUGAGACAAGCUUGUUACCUGGCCUCAGUUUUUGAAAUUCUUGGAGCUAUUCUAUUAGGAUACAAAGUCAGUGAUACUGUACGUCGAGGAAUUCUUGACAUUACAGCAUAUGAUGGUCAUGAAAAAGAACUGAUGUUAGGGAUGUUGUCUGCUCUUAUUGGAUGUGCUGUGUGGUUGCUUGUCGCAACUUAUUUCAAACUUCCAGUAUCAACAACACACUCAAUUAUUGGUGCAACAGUCGGAUUUGGCUUGGUCGCUCGAGGACCUGAUGGGAUCCAAUGGGGACAAAUUAUUACAAUUGCAAUUUCGUGGGUGGUUUCUCCUAUUUUGGCUGGCUUUAUAUCUGUGGCGAUUUACCUACUGUUCUACAAAUUCAUUCUAAAGGCUCAAGAUCCAUUCAAAGCUGGAUUAGCUGCACUUCCAAUCAUUUGGGGUGUGGUGUUGUUCAUCAAUGUUCUCAGUAUCACACUUGAUGGCUCUAAAUUGCUUUAUUUACACAAGCUUGAAUGGUGGCAUUCGAUGUUGAUUUCAAUUGCUUUUGCACUUAUUGCUAUGGUUUGCGUACAUUUCUUCAUGGUUCCAUGGCAAAAAAGAAAGAUUCUUGCUCAAGAACCUUAUGAUAACGACAUCAAGCCAACAACAAUUGCAACUGUCACAGCAAUGGAAAAUGGAAAGAAGUCAUAUCCAAACGAUUCAAUAUCAACGUCUGCAAAUUCAGUAGCACCGAUUGUUGAGGCUAAGAAUGAAGAGGUCCGAGUCAACUUGCUGUUCCAUUUCAUUCAAAUCCUUGCUGCCAUCUUCAGUUCAUUUGCUCAUGGUGGAAAUGAUGUCGCUAAUGCAAUCGGACCUUUAAUUACAAUUUGGCUUGUGUAUACACAAGGUUAUGCAUCAACAAAGGCUGAAACACCAAUUUUCUUACUAGCAUAUGGAGGUCUUGGUAUUGUUGUUGGUCUAUGGUUUCUGGGACGUCGUGUCGUGGAAACUAUGGGAUUUAAUUUGACUAAACUUACUCCUGUAACUGGUGUCACAAUUGAAGCCGGUUCAGCAGCAACUGUCCUUAUGGCAUCUAAAAUUGGAGUUCCAAUCUCAACAACGCAUUGCAAAGUCGGUGCUGUUGCAUUUGUAGGAUGGGUCUAUGGCAAAACAACUAAUCAGCCACUCGAUAAAGAAGAGAAAAAGAAUCAUGUAAAUUGGAAACUUUUUGGAAGUAUCUUAGGCGCAUGGGUGAUAACACUGCCAGCAGCUGGCGUCAAAAUGUCAAUCACUACAUAUGAUCCAGAAGUUCUUUGGAUUGUCAUUGUUGGAUUCAUCACGUCAUUCGUUCUUGCUUUUGGAAUUGGUGCCAAUGAUGUCGCAAACUCGUUUGCAACAAGUAUUGGAGCUGGAGUAUUGACAUUAAAGCAAGCUUGCUAUCUUGGAUCAGUUUUUGAAAUUCUUGGUGCUAUGCUGCUUGGAUAUAAAGUCAGUGAUACUGUGCGGAAAGGAAUUCUUGACAUUACAGCAUAUGAUGGUCAUGAAAAAGAACUGAUGCUUGGGAUGUUGUCUGCUCUAAUUGGAUGUGCUGUGUGGUUGCUUGUAGCUACAUACUUCAAACUUCCAGUAUCAACAACACACUCAAUUAUUGGUGCAACAGUCGGAUUUGGUUUAGUUGCUCGAGGACCUGAUGGCAUCAAAUGGGGACAAAUUGGAACAAUUGCACUUUCAUGGGUGAUAUCACCCAUUAUGGCAGGAUUUAUAUCUGUUGCAAUUUAUUUGAUGUUCUACAAAUUUAUUCUAAAGGCUCAUGAUCCAUUCAAAGCUGGAUUAGCUGCACUUCCAAUCAUUUGGGGUGUCGUAUUGUUCAUCAACGUUCUCAGUAUUACUCUUGAUGGUUCAAAAUUGCUUUACUUACACAAGCUUGAAUGGUGGCACUCAAUGUUGAUUUCAAUUGCUUUUGCACUUAUUGCUAUGGUUUGCGUACAUUUCUUCAUGGUUCCAUGGCAAAAACGCAAAAUAUUAGCUGAAGAACCUUAUGAUAAAAACAUCAAGCCAACAACAAUUGCAACAAUGGAAAAUGGAAAGAGCACAUUGACUGUCAAUUCAAUGACAAUGUCUGCAAACUCAGUCACACCAAUUGUUGCGUCACCUGAUGAUGAAAAACGUGUCAACUUGCUGUUCCAUUUCAUUCAAAUCCUUGCAGCCAUCUUCAGUUCUUUCGCUCAUGGUGGAAAUGAUGUCGCUAAUGCAAUCGGACCUUUAAUUACAAUUUGGCUUGUGUAUACUCAUGGAGAAGCCUCAACAAAAGCUGAGACACCACUUUAUUUGCUAGCCUAUGGAGGUCUUGGUAUUGUGGUUGGUCUAUGGUUCCUUGGUCGUCGUGUCAUUGAAACUGUUGGAUUCAAUUUGACUAAACUUACUCCUGUAACUGGUGUCACAAUUGAAGCCGGUUCAGCAGCAACUGUCCUUAUGGCAUCUAAAAUUGGAGUUCCGAUCUCAACAACACAUUGCAAAGUUGGUGCAGUUGCGUUCGUAGGAUGGGCCUAUGGCAAAACAACUAAUCAACAAGUAGAGAAAGGUGAACUAGUCAAUUGGAGACUUUUUGGAAGCAUCUUAGGCGCAUGGGUGAUAACACUGCCUGCAGCUGGUGCGAUAUCUGCAUUUUGUGACAAUGAAAAUGGAUUGUGUGAUGAAAGGGCAUGGCAUGAGAUAGUCAAAUGUUAA